GUCUCCACUCUGUGCCUCCCCACUCGCCCCCAGCCUCAGCCAGCUUGUUUGCUUUUUUUUUUUUUUUUUUGCUUAACUAUGUAGGGAGACACUAGUUGUUUAUUUCUUCGUAGAAAGUGUGGUUUAAAUCUGGUGUCAUUCCUAUUGACACGGGAUUUGAACCUUUUUUUAUUUGAAUCUUUCUGACUGAAAAUCAUUUUAGAUAAACUUUUCCCUACAGACAUAAAGCUGUUAUUAUCUCAGGAACUGAAAUGGCAAAGCAAAUCCAGAGAGAAAUACAGCAAGAAGUGGACUCGUGGGUCGCACUCAGAAAGAGAAGGCCUCAGCUCAGUAUCAUUGUGGUGGGAGACAACCCAGCAAGCCAUAUGUACGUCAGGAAUAAGAGAAGAGCCGCUUCUGCCAUAGGUAUCUGUAGUGAGCUCAUUCUAAAACCUAAGGAUGUUUAUCAAGGAGAACUUUUGGAUCUAACUGAUCAGUUGAACGUGGACCCAAGAGUCAGUGGUGUAUUGGUUCAGUUACCACUGCCAGAUCAUGUGGAUGAGCGAACAGUAUGCAGAAUUGCCCCAGAAAAAGAUGUGGAUGGAUUUCAUAUUAUCAACGUUGGAAGAUUGUGCCUUGAUCAGCAUUCCGUCAUCCUGGCCACUGCCAGAACUGUGUGGGAAAUAAUGAGGAGAACAGGGAUUGAAACAUUUGGGAGAAAUGUGCUAGUGGCUGGACGAUCCAAGCACAUCGGAAUGCUCAUUGCCAUGCUUUUGCACACUGAUGGAGAGCAUGCACAGCCAGGGGGCGAUGCAGCUGUGACGAUAGCCCACAGAUACAUCCUCAAAGAACCGAAGAUCCACGCUCAGCUGGCGGAUAUUAUCAUAGUUGUUUCAGGUGUCCCCAAGUUGAUUACAUCUGAUAUGAUUAAAGAAGGUGCUGCUGCAAUUGAUGUGGGUAUCAACUCUGUCCAUGACCCAGUGACAAGGAAGACAAAGUUAGUUGGAGAUGUGGACUUUGAAGCUGUGCAGAAGCAAGCUGGCUUCAUCACUCCAGUGCCCGGCGACGUGGGACCCGUGAGGGUGGCCAUGCUGCUCACGAACACCCUGCUGGCAGCUCGGAGAGUGCUUUGCUAGAUCGCCAGAGUGAACCAAGCACAUGCGAUGCACACUGUUUCAUUUGACAAAAUGCAAACCUUUAUAUUUUACUACCAAGUUAUUUAUUUCUACACUGUAUUUAUUUUUUCAUGUAUGCAAUCAUCGUGGAUCAGGUAAUUCACCCUUUGUGCAUUUCUUUCUUACAGAUUCUGGGUUUUAGGAAAAAUGAAACCAAUUACAGUGAAAAUUUGGGGAGCAGUCAUUUUGUUGAUAUUCUCCCCUAAUAUUAAAAGAAUAAAGGGCUCAUGAUGAGUAAAUCUAUUUUGAUGUAAUUAAAAUCAUUCCCACUUUGAGACCAACAUUUUAUCAGCUAAUAUGGGCCGCCAUGUAAGAUGUAAGUGGAAUUUUGCCAAGGUGAUGGUCACUUUUUAAUGUAGCUUGUCCAUUAUGUGCUGAAAAACAGCCUACUUUCUGAAAGAAAGAUUGAAUGCUAGGGUUCAUAUCUCGACCUCAGG